AUGACGAUGAUGACGGAAGAAUCGAUCCGUUUGCAGCUUGUUGGCAUGGACGAGAGCCGUGCUUCCAGCACCAGUGCUACAUCGGACGCCGAUGCGGGUGGUCCUUGGCGCUGGCCGUUUGGUGGCAACAGCAACAACAAGACUGAUUUGGCCAAACGAGAGACUCGUGCCGUCUUGAAUCUUCGCGCCGUGGUGCUCUUGGUCCUCUUGUUGGUGGCGAUUGGCGUUACCAUGCUCAUGUGGUUUACCACAAGUCAGGCCGAACAGGAAGACUUUGAAACGAACUUUGUGGGUGCGGCUAGCAAGCUCAUUCUGGCGUUUGAUGACAUUGUGGAACAAAAGUUGAAUGCCAUUGCCGGCUUUGGCGUGUCCUUGACGUCCUAUGCGCGUGACAAUAACAAUGACAACAACAAUGAGACGACGUGGCCAUUUGUCACCAUGAAUGACUUUCAACAACGUGCCGAUAGUUGUCGGGCAUUGAGCGAUGCACUCUUUCUCAACGUGGUACCCAAGGUGGCUCCGGAUCAACUCGACCAAUGGCAAGACUAUGCGUUUGCCCACAAGGGAUGGGUCCAACAAGGACAAGACUACCAGCGACAGAUCGGAUGGGAACACAUCACCAAACUACCACAGCAACAACACCAAGAGCUGCUGCAGCAGACAACCCAACAACAACAGCGGCAGCAAGGACCCAACAAUGGCACAGAAGUCAAAUUCAUUGGUGGAGUCGCAGACAAAGUCUGGUUUUACAACGAGACUUGGGAUCCGGCUCCAGAUCCCAUGGUCACUGACUCUCUCUAUCCUCUCUGGCAGUCCUCUCCACUCAUUGUCGUGCCAGAAAUGACGGUCAACUUCAACAUUGCGCACUACCCACCCUAUGCACCCUACAUUCGACAAGCCAUGGAAACGGGACAAAUCACAUUUGGAGGAAUCUUAAUGGCGCCUCCAGGAAACGUAUCCUACCCUCAUCUCACCACCAGCUUUAAUGCCUUUAUCCUCAGCUAUGCCGCAGGGAAACUUGUCGACUAUCAAGGAGAUCCAUUCUCUAGUGUCUUUGUCCCCGUCUUUGAUGGAUACGAACAUGGCCGCAAGCAACAAAAAGUGGUCGGCGCUGUCUUUGGAGUCAUUCAAUGGGCCGCCUACUUUGAUAAUGUCUUGCCUACCAAUUCUCCUCCCGUCACGGUCGUAUUGGAAAACAGUUGCGAAGGACCCUUCACCUACCAAGUGUCGCCAAGUGCCGUCCACUUUGUGGGACCGGGAGAUAGUCACGAUGUGCGGUACAAUCGAUUGGCGCAAACGGCAUCCUUUCGGGAUCUCAUUCACGAUGAUGACAAGCAACGCAACAGUACGACGACGACGAGAAUCAACAUGCCAUCGCUCAAUGAAGAUCUCUGCUCGUACUCCAUGACGGUCUAUGCGACGCAAGCAUUUGAAGACGAGUACACGAGCACUCUCCCAAUCAUUAUCACCAUUUCCGUGGGAGCAGCCUUUUUGUUUGCCGUCUUGCUAUUCUUACUUUACGAUCGAUUGGUCGAACAACGACAGACGCUCGUCAUGGACACUGCAGAACACACCACCGCCAUUGUCUCGUCGCUCUUUCCGGCGCAAAUCAAGGACCGGUUGCUGGAAGAAUCACGCACUAGCAUGCUGCGAUCUUCCUCCAAGACAUUGUCGACGUCUACCAUCACGGCUGGAGGAGGAGGAGGACUGAUUCGGGUCGAAAAGCCAUUGGCCGAUCUCUUUUUGGAAACCACCGUCAUGUUUGCGGAUGUCUCUGGGUUCACUUCGUGGAGCAGUGUGCGGGAACCGUCUCAGAUCUUUAUGCUUUUGGAGGCGUGUUACCAGGAGUUUGAUAAGAUUGCUAUGCGAAGACGCAUCUUCAAGGUGGAGACAGUUGGAGACUGCUACGUUGCCGCAGCAGGGCUCCCCGAGCCCCGCCAUGACCAUGCCGUCGUCAUGGCCAAGUACUCUGACAACAUCAUAGCCAAGAUGGGUACACUCACAAAGGAGUUGGAAGUCUUGCUUGGACCAGAUACGGCAGAACUGGGGUUGCGGGUCGGCAUCAACAGCGGGCCGGUGACCGGAGGGAUCCUUAGAGGCGAAAGGGCCCGAUUCCAGCUUUUUGGAACGACGGUGAACACCGCCAGCCGUAUCGAAACUUCAGGUUUGCCUGGCCGAAUUCAUUGUUCCGCGAGGACUGCAGAGCUCCUGAUGCAAGCUGGCAAAGGAUCAUGGCUGCAAAAGCGACAGGAGCCUAUCAAUGCCAAGGGUCUUGGUUGUAUUGAAACGUUUUGGGUCCAGGUUCAGUCCUCGGGGAGUCAGUCUCAAGCUUUGUCCAUUUGCACAUCAAACUCUAGCGCCAGCGAAGACGUUGUGGUUCCAGGUUUCAGUGACAGGAUCGGUCGCCUAAUCAAAUGGAACACGGAGAUCUUGACAAGCCUUCUAAGAGCUAUCGUUGCCCAGCGCGUCGAACUUGAAGAGGCACCAGGCACCACGUCUUGGGAAACAACUUUCUCCGGCAUACCUUUGGGAGAAGUGCGCGAGAUCGUAUCGUUGCCAGAUUUUGACGCAGAGAUGGCUUCCAACUUUAAGAAUCCUGACGAGGUCAUCAUCCCGCAAGAUGUGGUUGCUGAAAUCGAACAUUUGGUGGCGACGAUCGCAUCAAUGUAUAGACACAACAAUCCAUUUCACAACUUUGAACAUGCCAGUCAUGUGCUCAUGUCCGUGAACAAAACGCUCGCUCGUAUCAUUGCACCAAGUGCAGCAACUUCGAAUGAUCUCAUGCAAGACGACAGUAAAGUUGCCGAGUUCUUGCACGAUCACACAUAUGGUAUUGCCGGGGACCCGUUGACCCGAUUUGCUUGUGCUUUCAGCGCGUUGUGUCAUGAUGUUGACCACACUGGCGUCAGCAAUGCACAGCUAGUCAUCGAAGGGGCCCCAAUUGCUGAUCGUUAUGAUUGCAGGAGUGUCGCUGAGCAGCACAGUUUAGUGCUCUCAUGGGCGGUUCUCAUGAGACCAGACUACGCAUCCCUCCGAUCGCUCCUCUUCUCUACAGCGGACGACUUUCACAGGUUCCGGCAACUCGUAGUAAACUCUGUGAUGGCGACUGAUAUUGCGGACGCGGAACUGAAAGCAUUGAGGAAUGACCGAUGGGACAGGGCAUUCACUUCUGAGGUGGCGAACUCCCUGAAGGAGAGUCCCCGUGAUUCUACUAACCGAAAGGCCACGAUUGUUAUUGAACACAUCAUCCAGGCCAGUGACAUCAGUCACACUAUGCAACACUGGCAUGUGUACAGGAAAUGGAAUACCAAGUUGUUCGAGGAGCUGUAUGUGGCAUAUCUCAAUGGACGAAUGGAGAAGGACCCAGCCGAAUUUUGGUUCAAGGGCGAAAUUGGUUUCUUCGACUUCUACAUCAUUCCAUUGACCAAGAAGUUGAAGGACUGUGGUGUUUUCGGAGUUAGCUCGGGGGAGUUUCUCAACUAUGCCGGAAGCAACAGGGCUGAAUGGAUCGAGAAAGGGGAAGCUUGCACCGCAGAGUUGGUCCAACUCGUACGGGAGAAGUACGGGGAAAAGAAAACGAACGUGACUGAAUCCUUGGAAACUGCAACUUUAGAGCAAGCAUCAUCGCAUCACGAUCCAGCAGAUGCAUUGGAAAGUGCUUGGUCAGAUGAGCAAGAGGAUGCCGACGAUGAGAAUCUGGAAUGA